UUAUAGGGCUUGGUUUGAUUGUAAAGUGUCCUCCAUUGCCAAUGGAGGUGUAURGGAGAUCAAAAAAACAGGACACACCCACAGAGGAGAAACCAGUGGAGAAGCUAUUGCAAGCCAAUAGAGUUUCGUUCCCUGAUGUAAUGGGAAAUCAGUUUGCAUUCUUUAAUACUCAUGUAAAGCCAGCAUUGUCUUUCUUUGUGCUUGCUGUUGGUAUCAUAAUGUUUUUAAGGUACAGCCAUCUGMAGUAUCCUUCCCCUGCAAAGAAAGAUCAGCAUGUGUUUUCUGCAAUGAUAUGGACAAUUCAUUUUGGAUAUGAUAACAAGGGUUGGCCAAGCUUUGAAAGGGCAGCACAAGUCAUUGAAGAUACAGAUGCAGAUAUUGUAGGAUUUCUUGAAAGUGAUACCUCCAAGCCUUACCUGGGUAAUAAUGACUUGGCUGGGUGGUUUCAAGAAAGACUAAAGAUGUAUCCUGACUUUGGACCAUCCACAAGAGAUCAUACUUGGGGGGCCACACUGUUUUCAAGGUAUCCAUUUGUGAAAUCAMAGCAUCAUUUACUACCAUCUCCAGAAGGUGAACUUGCUCCAGCWAUAAGUGCAACAAUCAAUAUUUCUGGUAGCUUUGUUGAUAUAGUCCUUGUUCACAUGGGUAAUGACAGGGAUGAUUUAGAUCGUAAAUUGCAAGCUAUGGAGCUGGCCAAUAUAAUGAAUAACAGUUCAAAUCCAGUGGUUUUUCUAGGUUAUGUAACAUCUGCUCCUGGAAGUCGAGACUAUCAAACACUUCUUCGUCAUGGCCGAGUUAAGGACAUUGAUGAAACUGACCGUGACAGGUGGUGUGAGUACAUCAUGUAUCGAGGUGUUACUCGGCUUGGAUACGCAAGAAUAUCUCAUGGUGGGCUUAGUGAUACAGAGAUCCAGCUAGGACGGUUCCGCAUUCCUACUAAAGAUCAGAAGUAUGUUGAUAAUCCUAUUUUAACUAAGUCAUCGUCAGGAUUACCCAACCAUCUUCACUUUUCUGACAGGUUUGGUUCGUACUUUGUUGGCCAUCACUAUGGAGAUCAUCAUUAUCACAUGUCGACUCCAAAAUACUU